ACUUAUUUUUAUUGGAUGUGAGAGUUAGACAAUUUUUUUUCAAUUAUCGAUGGUAGGGUGUUAUAGAUUGGUUAUUGUUUUCCUUUUCCUCUGACUACCUUCAACAGACUGGUGUUGAUUCGGUAAAUAUUUUUGUUUUAUCAGCUGCAUUGCAUAACAAAAGCCGCUAAAUCGUCAUUUCUGCAUCGUGUACGGCCACAACUCAGUUCGAUGUGCUACCUGUUAUCUAAUCGACCACUUCACCACUACCCGCCAACAAUUAUUUGAUCAAUCGUAUCCUCACCUGCUAACAGAAUUAGCAGUUUAUCGGCUAGGUUUCGUAGCUAGAAAAAAUUCUGUGACUUUUGCUUUAACGGUGUACGAAAUAUGGAUAAAGUCUUGGAUUCGUUGCGAGAGAAGGGUAUAUUGACCGACGAUAUACAGGAUAAAUUUUCCAAUAUUCUCCCAGACCAUGCCAAGGAAAAGUUGUCCAGCAUAUUUCAGCGAUAUCAAGAUUUGGACAGUGAAGGAAAGCAACAAUUUAUGGAUGAAGUAGUCGAAAUGUUUAGAAAAAAAUUGCAAAGUAGUUCGAGCUUAUAUUCACUGUAUUAUACAUUGUUUUAUUCUCAGCCGUACACUAUUUUUAUUUUCGCUGUGCUAUUUAUAGCUUUCAUUCUUGUGUUCUUUGUCUACAAAUUAUUCAAGUGCUUGUCGGAGAGGCAGUCGAAGCGGGAAGAGAAAAAGAAGAAUAAACAGAUGAAGAAAAAAAAGUAAUGCGAACGAGGUUAACGAGGGCAUUGCGUUAUGGAAUAUGGCGAGAAAAAUAUGAAUGUGCAACGUAUAACGAAUUACAGCGAUACGUUACGUUGAUCCAUUUAUCGUAUUUUAUGUACGAUGAAAGACAAUUUACAUUUCACGACUUACUCUAUUUUGUUAAAUAAAAGAAUAUAUUUAUGAAUAAAAAUUGAAGCCCAUUUAUUAGGGGACAAUAUA